AGACCGCGACGGCUGAACUACGUGCCGCACAUGACUCUGACAGGACAUAAGCGAGGCGUCGCAGCCGUUAAGUUCUCGCCAGACGGCAAAUGGGUAGCCAGCUGCUCCGCCGACGCAACCAUAAAACUCUGGUCCACCACUACCGGCGCCCUCCAGCACACCCUCGAAGGCCACCUCGCCGGCAUCUCCACCCUCGCCUGGUCCCCCGACUCCCUUAUCCUCGCCUCCGGCUCCGACGACAAGCUCAUCCGUCUCUGGUCCAUUACUACCGGCAAGCCCCUCCCCACCCCACUCGCUGGCCACCACAACUACAUUUAUAGCCUCGCCUUCUCACCAAAAGGUAACAUGCUCGUAUCCGGCUCGUACGACGAAGCCGUCUUCCUCUGGGACAUAAGAACAGCGAGGCUGAUGCGCAGCUUACCUGCUCACAGCGAUCCGGUGAGUGGGGUGGAUUUUGUGAGGGAUGGCACGUUAGUCGCGAGUUGCAGUAGUGAUGGGUUGAUACGGGUUUGGGACACCGGGACGGGACAGUGUCUCAAGACCUUGGUGCAUGAGGACAAUGCCCCCGUGACUAGUGUGCGCUUCUCGCCGAAUGGGAGGUAUGUGCUGGCGACUACGCUGGAUUCGAGCGUAAGAUUGUGGAAUUAUGUGGAAGGGCGGUGCGUGAAGACGUAUCAGGGGCACAGGAAUGAGAGGUUCAGUGUUAACGCUACCUUUGGACAGUAUGCUGCCGAGAAUGGAAGUCAGGAUGGGGUUGAUGGCGAGGAUGGCGAGGACGGCGCGAGCGAGCAGUGGGCAUUUAUCGCUUGUGGGAGUGAAGACGGCAGAACCUUGCUAUGGGAUGUCAGUUCAAAGGAAGUGUUGCAGGCGUUGGAGGGACAUGAAGGCGUGGUUCUGGGCGUGGAUGUCAGUCCCGACAACGAGCGGCUGGUUACCUGCGGCAUGGACAAAACCAUCAUAAUCUGGAAG